CAUGUCGUACCGCAUCAGAACAACCCCGACCCACACGACCACGACCAUUCGUCGUCGAGUCAUCGAGACCGAUGCCGACGACUUCUUCGACUUCCCCAAGGCCCGCCCGUCCUCCAAGGAGUUCACGACGGUGCGACACCGGGUGACGCCCUCUGGCCUGGUGACCACGACCACCACGACCACUACGACGCCCCGCAAGAUCAUCCGCGACGUCAGCCUGGACGGCAUGGACGCGGACCCCUUUUUCGUCCACCACACGACGAACACUCGAGGCGACAGGGACGACAUCGAGGACUUCUGCGUCCAGCUGGACGUUGGCCUAAGCUUCAAGUGUGACGACAUCUCGGUGAAGACCAGGGCCGGCCUCGUGUUCGUGAACGCCAAGAGGACCGACGGCAGCGUGACGCGGGAGUUCAACCGCAAGAUCCCGCUGCCGGACGGCGUGGACCCGCUCUGCGUCCGCGCCCUGCUCAGCCCCACCGGCACGCUGAUCAUCAAGGCUCCGAGGAACUUGUCCAACAGAUACACCAGCAGCAUCUAUGAGCGCCACGUCCCGGUCCGCAUGGGCCUGUACUAGGUGUCAAAGCGGUCAACAACACUCUUGAACUCGGUAGCGGAUAGGCUGGUUGCGCUUAUUGUGGUAACGCAUGCUUUGGUAACGGAUAUGAUUGUAGCGGUUACUUUGAUGGCGCAGACGCGGUACUGCGUGCGUCGGUAAGGAUAUGCUUAAGCCUGGUGGCAGAUACGACGGUAGCAUUCGCUGGUGCCGGAUAAUGCUCAGAUAUGUUGUAGGGCAUUAGCAUGUAACGCUUACGUCGGGAGGGAAUGCGCUGUUAAAAGUUACGCUAUAGAAGUUUUCUGAAGGACCUAGUUCUCCAGGAGCUCGAUCUUAGAGCGGAAACUUUUUUGUACCUUAUAUCUGUUAUGCGAGAUACUUUAUUAUAGUCCAAUAUGCUUUAUGGUAUUACCGUGCACGAUUAUAUUGAUAUUUCUUAUGCAUUGUUUGUUCAUACCCAGGUUAUGCACCGCGCAGAUUGCUCACUAUUUCAGUUACCGUUAAAUGGGUUACUAAUGCAUGCUUCAAAGGUUAUCCGCUGCCGAGUUCAUCGCACCCUGUAAAAAAGAAGAAAUACCAAUCAAUAAAACGUCCCGAACUUGGAUGUUUCACAAACACAUUAAAAACAAAUAUACAAGAGACAUCUGAAACUACCCAAACGUGUCUGAAACAAAAAUUUAAGCCUUCUGGAGCGCGUUUGAAAGAAGCAAGCUCGAAAAAUUUUGAAGUUCUGGAGGUUCCUAAAACGUCAGGCCCUGUUAUACGUCUCUCUAAACUUCUGUGAUCUCGCUUUUAAAGCGGCUUUGCCGUUUUUGGCAGAAGUAAAAUGUUUGUUUCUCUUA